AUGUUUAUACUUACAUUCUUAUCGAUAGUAUUAAUACUUUCUCGUUGGAAAGCUCGCUGUAUCGUUGAUGGAUUCAGUGUGAAUAACAAUAAUUGGAACCCAUUUUUAUUAGUAUCCAGAGAUUUAAAUGAGUCGCCAAAUUACGAUAUAACACGUUGGGUACGGCAAUUGCAUCUGUAACAAUGUGCUUUCGUAGAAAUCGGAGAAGGAUUUUGUGCUUUGUUCGUCGAAUUACGUAGCAUACCUUUCGAAUCAAAACUUCCCGAUAACUCUGAAGUCGCUGAAUUUUUCCUUGGGAUUUGUCCUUGUUUGAUUCUUCACACCUGGAAUUUAUAUUCGCCCGAAUUGACAAGACUUAGGAAAACGGAUUGCUCUUUUAACGAAGCUACUCCACAUUCAAACACAAAUGCUAGAUUUCACAGACAAUUAUGCGAUAUCACUUGGCAUGUCGAAAAUGCUUCAAGCUGUAACUGUUCCAGUCUUGUAGCGGGCCAAGGAUUGCACGAGACUAAAGGGUUUCCAACGUGUUUUCUGAAUCCCUUACCUGAAAGUUCUCCACGUGGGGUUUAUGGUAUUGCACAAUGCACCGCGAUCAAAAAAAUACACACUCUUCAAUGUGCCUCGAAUUGCCAUCAGAGACAAUCAUUCUGCGAAGAAAUUGGGCCUUCAACUUCAAUUCCAGCGGAAAUUAAUUCCUUAUGGACGCGAUGGUCCCUUCCAAAAUGCAACAAUACUUGUGGUAGAGGAUUCGUGAUAGUUACUACAUCAUGCCAAGAUCAAGUAACAGGAAAACCAGCCAUAGACUGCAUUGGUCCAGGAUCGUUUUGUUGUCCAGGUAGCUUCGGUAAAUGUUACUGCGAAGUAAACAUCGUCGGUGGAAUUAUGAGAGCGGUCAGGUUCACAGAACCAUGCAUUUCUGCCGAAGGGUGCAACACCGGGACAUUCACUUUCGAAGGAGAACUCGAUCCUAGUAAGAGCAUUGAUUUCGACGAAGCUAAUGAGAUCGAUGAGCGCGAAAAAUCCGAAGAAUCAGCGCGUGUGGCACAGCGUAACCUUCUACAAGCUCCCGCCACUGAUCAACAGAAUAGCUACGUAUUGUGCGAAAAUAGAUUGGCAAACAAGAACUUUAAAUGCAACCGUGGAUAUCGUUCCAUUCUAAGAAGUCGAUUAGGCGAUGACGCCGAUUAUACCAAUGAAGACGAAGAUGACUACGACGACGACGACGACGAAGACGACGAAGAAGAAGAAGAAGGGGACAACGACGACAAUUUCGCCGAGGAUGACGAAGACGAGGAGGACGAGGAGAACAAUGACGAGACGAUCGGACUUAGAAGUUCGGCGAAGGGUCGUCGGAGCCCCAGGAAGUAUAUUCGAGAGGCAAGGUCCGAUUACGCAGUGAAUGCGUUGGAGGUCGACGAACCCGAAAAGAAGGGGUUCAUAGAGAUCAGAUCCGUUGAAGAAGACUGUGAGGACGAAACCACGGAACCACUGCAAUAUUACGAUUAUGAAUCUGGUGGAAAUGUAUCAUCCGAUAUACACCGAGUUGGGCUCAUCUUGGAACUAAUCGUAUUGUCCAUUUUAUUCUGGUUCGUUGAAUGCUGACGGGCAAGUAAAAUAAAAA